AUGGCGUCGUUGUCUUCACCUCUCUGCCUUUGCCGGGGGAUCCUGAGGGGGAUACCAGAGAUUAAAGGACCGGAAUACAAACAUUCUUUGGCAUACAAUUAUGUUUUAUAUCAAUUCCGUAAAAAAACAGGUAAGUCAUGUUGAUGAGUAAAUGAGAUCACUGGGGAGAGAUAUUGUCUUGCUCAGGAGGAGGCUCUCUAUGCUUCGCACAGCUACCUCUGUCUGCUCAUCUCCACACGGCAACACAUGGCUCUCUACGACAUCUACCAUGGGAAAGGGCAGCAUGACACAGAGGAGAUGGCAGGAAUUGUGGGACUCAGGCUGCCCACCCAGCCUGGGGGGAAGGGCUGGGAGAAGUGAAGGAAGAGAAGACUCUCAUACCACACCAGAGGGUUGUAAAAUCAUCACGCUGGACCUAAUGCUAUUUUGCUCUUUUAUAAAACAGAGGAAGAGAUGAAGGCUGCUAUGAACAAGGACUGUGAUUUGUUAUUAUACAAGGGAGGAUCAAAGCUAUUAGAAAUUUGAGAUUCCCAGCUCUCCCUACCACUCCUCGCUUUGUGUCAGUCUUGAGACAAUGGCUGUAAUUAAAAUAUUUGUAAAUAAUGGGACAACUUUUGCCAAUUAAAGUAUGAAUCACUUUUAUCAGGUCACCAUGAAAUCUCACUUUUCUUGCAAUCCAUAUGCUGCUAGUGGCUGCUAAUAAUCUACUAAUAAAACAACCAAUUCAAUCUAACAUAUAAAAUGAAGUAAUAUCCCUUUUGAUCUCAAUUCAGUAAGGUUUACUUGGAGCAAUGUAUGAUGUUCAGGUAAAGCAUUCAUACUCGGCAGAUAAAACUGAUGUGAAGUAAUUCAGUCAUAUUUAUAUUUUAAAGGAUAUCAGGCAAUUAAAAUUCCUGGUUAAUUAAAAGAUGAAGCAUUACAAAGAGGGUAUGUUAUGUCAGAUGGAUGUGAACUCAUUGGGUUACCUUUGAUCUUUUAAAUGUAUUGUUCUUCACUACCUUUUGGCCAGUGGUUUAAACAGUGUGAAGACCAGCCAACAGUGAAAUAAAGGAAAGGUUUUAGAUAAUGCUAGGGCAUGCAACAUGCAUAAGAUAAGUAUAAGAAUAUGUUUUAUUUUGUCUCUUAUGUAGGCGUUUAUAAGAAGAUUAUUACCAGCAUAAUGGAAAACAGCAGGAGUUGUAUUGCUUUGUACUUGCAUAUUAAUGUACUUCAUUAUUGUGUCUAUGGCAACUGGCAUUUCUACCAACUCCUCCACUACAUUUUUCUCUGCAGUCUUUUGCCAGAUUUGUUUCAUUUUUUUAUACGAGUAACAUGUAUUACCUUCUGGGAAUUAUUAUACAUAUUUUUCGUUCUUUGUCCCUUAUUUUCAUCCUGGAUUAUCGUUCAAA